AAUUUUGUUUGUAACUUUGUUUGUUUAUUAGUUUCAAAGUAAAAUUCUGUUGGGAUAUGAAGCCUGAUUAUAUCCUAAAAUCUAGGGAUAUGAUUUGGAUAUUAUAUUUUAGAUUUUAGAGAUAUGAUUUGGAUAUUAUUGUCAAAGGCUUAGGCUAUAAAUAUCCAUGUAUUCUCACUUUAACAUGUGCCUGCGUACUUUAUAGUAAAAUUCCUGGCUUGGCAGCGCCCCCAGACGUAGAUCUUUGUGAUCGAACUGGGUUACCAAAUUCUUGUGUUCUAUUGUCUUUGUUUUCUCAUCUUGAUUUCCUGAAAUUUUCAUAACAAGUGGUAUCAGAGCCUAGUUCGUUGAUAGGGUGGAUUGAGAGGAAUCGGACGUUGGAUCGUUGUGGGAAUCCCUUGUGACCUGCGGAGGUACCUUGUGUCGAAAGUCUCCUGGCGGUGUUGGGUCGGUCCCGACUGGUAGGUCAGGCAGCGAGUCCCUUUGUGAUAGGCGGUGCAAGAUUGGUAGGGAAGGAUAAGGGUUUCGGCAAACGCAGCGGAAUAUCCGAUGUGCUCUCAUAUCAAGUGAACCUUAGGUUUGUUUGUGGGAGUCAAGAUGGGUGAUCGUCGUGUUGUCAAGGAGAAAUCCGAAGACAUGGAUGAAGCCGAAUACAAGAAGAUCAACAGGAAGACGAUGAGUGCGGUUCGACUAACCCUUUGGGAGAAUGUGUCGACUGAAUUUAGAUUUGAGGCAAAAGGAAAGGGUGAAGAUCAAGAAUGGUCAAAGUUGAAGCCGAAGAAUAAGGACAAGGAAGAUGCAAGUCAGGUGGUAUAUUGGAACUGCAAGGGGCACUUGAAACGACAGUGCAGGGCGCCGGAGAAGGAUCAGGGUUCAGCAAACGCAACGGAGGAGAUAUCCGAUGCGCUGAUUCUGAGCGUCAGCAGUCCAAUGGAGUCAUGGAUUUUGGUCGAACGUCAUUCCACUCAUGCAGUGAUUCGAGAAUCAUGUAAUCCUAUACCACAGGUAAUUUUGGUGUUGUCUAUCUUGGAGAUGAUGAGACACUGAAAAUUGUAGGUAAAGGAAUGAUUCGAAUCAGAACACCGAAUUGUGGGGAGUGGAGAUUGGAUGAGGUAUGUUGAAGUGGAAGAUGAAAUCAGUCUUCAAGUGGGAGAUUGUUGGGAUAUGAAGCCUGAUUAUAUCCUAAAAUCUAGGGAUAUGAUUUGGAUAUUAUAUUUUAGAUUUUAGAGAUAUGAUUUGGAUAUUAUUGUCAAAGGCUUAGGCUAUAAAUAUCCAUGUAUUCUCACUUUAACAUGUGCCUGCGUACUUUAUAGUAAAAUUCCUGGCUUGGCAGCGCCCCCAGACGUAGAUCUUUGUGAUCGAACUGGGUUACCAAAUUCUUGUGUUCUAUUGUCUUUGUUUUCUCAUCUUGAUUUCCUGAAAUUUUCAUAACAAAUUCUUUUG